AUGACGCCCUACAAGCUUUUCGAGCCUCUGCAGAUUGAAAACCUUCAUCUCGAGCAUCGAUUUGUCAUGGCUCCGCUCACUCGAUUCCGCGCCGACGCAGAACACGUCCCCUUAGCCAUAGCCAAAAAGUACUAUGAGCAACGAGCAUCUGUGCCAGGGACGCUGCUCAUCGCCGAAGCCACCCAGAUCUCAGCACCCGAAGGCGGGAUUUCGCAUGGGCCUGGAAUUUGGAGCGAGCCCCAGAUCCAGCGCUGGAUAGAAAUCACCGACGCCGUGCAAAGGAGAACUUCAUUUAUUGGCGGAUAUGAGCUCCACGCCCCCAGUGCGAUUCCGAUGGACCCUGGAAUGCCCGUUCUCAAAGAAUUGAGAGAUGAAGAGACUCUGAACAUUAUCAAUGACUUUGCGACAGCGGCGAAGAAUGCAAUCCGAGCUGGGUAUGACGGCGUUGAGAUCCACGGAGCAAACGGCUAUUUAGUCGAUCAGUUUCUUCAAGAUGUGUCAAAUCGGCGCGUCGAUCGAUGGGGCGGCAGUGUUUCCAAUCGAGCACUGUUUGGGCUGGAAGUUGCCAGGGCUGCGGUGGAUGCUAUUGCGGCUAUGAAGAUGACCGAUCCCGUUCCUCAAUUUGCCUAUUUUGUGGAGCAGCUGAGGCAGUUAAACCUGGCUUACCUGCACCUCAUCGAGUCGCGGGUCAUCAACAAUGUGGACUGUGAACAGGGGGAAAGUAACAAGUUCCUUCUCGACAUCUGGGGGAAAACUUCCCCUGUCCGUGUUGCGGGCGGAUAUACCCUGGAAAAUGCCGAAGCUGCUCUUCAGGGUGACUACAAGGAUUACGAGGUCGCAAUCGUCUUUGGACGCCAUUUCCUUUCGAACCCUGAUUUGCCGUUUCGCAUUCGCCAAGGACUUGAUCUCAACCCGUAUCAUCGAGAAAGCUUCUAUACUCCUAUACAAGAAAGGGGUUACAGCGACUAUACCUUCAGUGCGGAAUUUGCCAAAGUGGACGCUUGA